AUGAAUGAACCAGCACUAAGUUUAGCCGAACUCGAAAAGCAAACAGUUUUUGGAAAGAGAGAAUUAGAGGAUAUAAUAAAUGGUUUUUUACGGUCGUUCCGCCAUGGUCUUGAUAAGGAUGAGAAUACAAUGAUCCCUUCUUUUGUUUGUCGGUUGCCAACUGGUAUGGAAACUGGUACAUAUCUUGCCUUGGACAUGGGUGGGACCAAUUUACGCGUGGCAGCUGUUACUUUACUUGGUGAUGGAAAAACUGAUAUUGAACAAAAGCAGUAUCUUAUACCUGAAGAGUUAAAAACCGGUGAUGCUGAAUCUUUAUUUAAUUGGAUUGCUGAUGGUACUAAAAAUUUAUUGGAUUCGGCUGGAAUUAAAGCCAAAUAUGCUGAUAAAGAAAUGUACAUGGGUGUCACGUUUAGUUUUCCGAUCAAGCAAACUAAUAUCGAUAAAGGUAGAGUGAUGAAGAUGGGUAAGUCAUUCAAAAUUUCCGGCUUGGAAGGUCACGAUGUAGUUGAACUCUUACGAACUGCUUUCGAUCGUCAAGUCACCAUUGUUAAUGACACAGUUGGAACACUUGUGGCACAUGCUUAUAAAGAUCAAAAUACAAUUGUGUCGAUUAUUGUGGGAACGGGAACAAAUGCGGCGUGUAUUGUCGAAUCUACUGAGAUCAAGAAACACGUGUUUCAACCAAAUUUCCCUCAAUACAUGAUAGUUAAUACUGAAAUAAGUUUGAUGGGUUCAGACUUUUUACCAAGAACAAAAUAUGACAAAAUUCUUGAUUCACAAAGUUCUACUCCAGGGUUUCAACAGUUGGAAAAAAUGGUUAGCGGACUUUAUUUGGGUGAAUUAGUUAGGUUGGCUAUCGUUGAUUACGUUAAAAAUUUUAAUUUAUUUUGUGGAGAGUUACCCGGAGGAAUGGAAGUUCCUUAUAGUUUCACCGCUGUUCAAAUGUCAAACAUUGAAAGUGAUCGAUCUUCUAAUCCAGAAAACCUUUUAAAAGUAUUAACGGAAGACUUUUCAUUACCCAAGGAUAAAUUGUCAACUGAGGACACGCUUAAAGUUAGAGAAUUGGUGAAAAGGUUUUCGCAUAGGUCAGCGCAAUUAUCGUCAGCAGUUGCUGCAUCUUUAAUUAAAUUUCAAUGUGGGGAUAUUAAAGAGAUAGAAAGAGAGGUUAGAAUAGCGGUUGAUGGAUCAGUUUAUCAUCAUUUUAACAAAUAUUCUUUUUGGAUGGGCAAGACUCUUAGAGAAAUACAAGACGUCAAAGAAGAUAAAAAAGUAAAAUUAGUUGGAAUUAAAAAUGGUGGUUGUAUUGGUGCUGCAAUAACAGCGAUGAUGUAUUCUCAUUAA